AUGCUAGAAGACGAGACUAGUGGGUGGUACACGCUUCAUCAAGGAAAACUGACUGUGUGGGAAGGUGUUUGUGCUUUGAAGCUCAACAACGUCGUUCGCUUGUUCAAAAUCCGGGAUGGAAAGCUAUUUAGCAUCGCACUGGUGCCAGAAGCCGAUGUAAAACAGGUUUGCUCGGAUGGCUAUUGGAAUUGUGUUGAAAUAACGGGCACACUUGAUACGAGAUCUCCAUCGAUGUUUUACUACCAUGCUGACAAUGCAAUGAACGCUCGCUUAAUGUUGCAGCAUCUUAUUGAACUGACAUCCACACCCAUUCGAUCGCUCAACAUACGGCUGGAUCCCGAUCCACUACGACUGCACAGCUCGGAGCAAAUUUCAGAAAGGAUAACGAUGUGGUCCCAACUAGGCAAGGACUACUGUCACGAAUAUCGAGUUACUCUUGACUCGAACAUGCCAUUAUAA